AUGAAUUUCUGUGCGGACUGCAUCACCCGCGUCGCUCUACCUGGAACCCCCUGCGGGCAGAUGGUCUCAAUCGGCAACUUCUCCGUCUAUCAUACAGUCCCCUCCCCUUCCGAACGCGCAUCUAACAGUGAUAAGAAAGCCAUAUUGGUGUUCACAGACGGUCUGGGACUAGGGUGGGAUAACCCAAGGAUAUUGGCAGACGGGUUGGCGAGGGAGGUCGGCCUGGAGGUAUGGGUGCCUGAUCCGUUCAACGGAAAGCCUUCGCUGAAUAACGACGACCUCCUCCCGUACGAUCAUCAAGAUCCAGGCUCCCCCAUGCCUUGGUGGAAGAUCAUGGGAUACGCAUACUAUGCAAUCAAAGCCGCUCCCAGCCUGCUAUUCGGUGAAAACAGGGAGUCGAGAAACUUGUCCAGCUCUUGGAGAUCCUCUGAGGCAGGAAAAGGGAUUGGAGAAGCUUGGGGCGAUCGGGUGAUUGGAGGAAGCGUCGUCCUCUCCCUCGCCCCAUAUCACUGUCUGACCAGCGCCGUCAUCUGCCAUCCGGGUAGCGCAGACCCGAAGCUUGUAGAUCAAAUUGAUUUUCCUACUUCCUGGAUCAUCUGUGAGGAAGACUUCCUUGUCCCUGCCUCUGUACACGAAGCGCUCGAAGCCCGCCUCCGCUCCCGCUUUGCGCAGGCUAAGGUUCGAGGGGAGGAGGUCCCGGAGUACGAGUACAAGAGGUAUAUGGGUACCAGGCAUGGGUUCGCUUCCCGGCCGGCUUUUGAUGUCCCUGUGGUGAAGGAGGCGUUUUUGAAGGCAUGGGAGCAAUCGGUGUUGUGGUUGAGGAAAACAAUGUUGUAA